AUGAUUGGGAAAAAAGGAGGAGCAAUUUAUCUUAUAGAUAAUCAAAACUCAAAUGCAGAAUCAUGGCUAUAAGUAAUAUCAUCUAAUUUUUCAAACAUAAAAUCAGUAGAAUAUGGUGGUGCUAUAUACAUCUAGCAUAGUGAUUUCAGUAUAAUUGAUUCUAUGUUAUCCUUUAAUGAAGCUGAGGAUUCAGGAGGAUCAAUAUACCUUUCCUGUCUGCUAUCGUAAAAUUGUGUUUUUAAGACACUUAACAAUAUCUUUGCCAAUAAUAAAGCUAAGAUAAAGGGAGGUUCAAUUCAUUAUGAUAGUGUCAGACCAUUAAAAAUAGAAUAAAAUAUAUAUAUGGAUAAUUAGGCUUAAUAUGGCCCAAACUGGUCAUCAUAUCCUUUCAAGCUCAAUAUAAUGAAAGAUAUUGAUAACUAACUUCAAGAUUUAGCCAGUGGAUAGUAUAUAAAUAAACCUAUUUUAUUUAGUCUUUUAGACCAAGAUGAUUAGUCAUAUGAUCUUGAUUCAGCCUCAACUGCUAAUAUGAUCUCUGAUUAAAUAUCAAUUGGUGGAAGGACCAAAGUUAUAGCUUAAAAUGGAAUAUUUACCUUUACUGAUAUUUUUCUUUAGGGAAUACCAAAGGAAUCAGCGAUUAUAUAAAUUGAACUAAGUGAUACUGAGUAUCCUCUCAUUGAAUAGAUUGUAAAUAAGGAGAAAUCAAUUAGAAUAACAAGUGCAUUGUUUGUCCAAGAGGAUUUUAUUCAUUAGAUGCUUAAGAUACUUGAUGCAAUUAAUGCCCAAGUAAUACAGUGUGCCCAGGUGGAAAUAUCAUAGUAGUUGAUCCUGGAUAUUGGUGAAGCUCAAUCAAUUCAACUAAAAUAUAUGAGUGCUUCUAUGAUAAAGCUUGCUUAGGAGGAUAUGCAUCAGAAUGUGAGGUGGGGCAUUCAGGGAAGCUUUGCAAAGUAUGCAAGACUGAAAAAGAUGUGCCAAGUUUUGAGAAAUCCUAAGCGUAAUAAGCCAUAGGCAGUCCUGGUUAGAAUAAUAACUGGAUAUCUACAAGUAAUAAUGCUUUGCCAAGAUAUGGACCUACAGUGGCCUGACAGAGUAAAGAAUCUUCUCUCAUAUUUUUCGUCUUUUUAAUCCUCAUAAAAGAAUCUACUGUCCUUUGACUGUUUAAUGAUUUAGUUUGGGUUAAAUAGAAAUGAGGCAUUUUAUGGAAAGAUAUUAACAUUUGGAUUUCUUCCUAUAGCAUUCAGUAUUAUAGCAGCUUCCAUAUGGCUUUCAAUAAAGUUUUCAAUUAAGAAGAACGACUCUGACUUUAAAGUCAUUAGAAACAUAAAAAUUACUAGUUUUGCAAUUAUACUCAUUGUAUUUCCAACCGUGACCACUAUGAGCUUUUCCAUAUUCUAGUGCUUUUAAUAUGAAGAUAAUUACAGCUAUCUGUUGAAUAAUAUGGAUAUCUAAUGCUGGAGUGAGAGCCAUAGUGCAAAAGGUAAUAAUUGCUUUAUUUAACAAACUUAGGCACUUCUGGGUAUACUGCCUUUAGUAUUCUAGUCUUAUUAAACUAGUAAAAUUUAGCCUUACAUUGACCCAAGAUUUAAUAGACUUGAUUUUCAUGCAACUUUCGUUUGUACUAUUACAUUACUGGGCGGUAUCUUCUUUACUUCAGAGGAGGUGAGGAAUAACUAAGAUUUCCUUUUCAUUAUAUUCUUGGUAAUCCUUAUCUAUAAUGCUGCAUUCCUUUCCUAUUGGGCUAUUACUAUGGUUAUAACGCUAGUCAGAUACUAUGCUAACUUUUUCAAUAGAAUUCAAGGAUAUUUUAAUAAUAAAAUCAAGAUUGAUGACUAUGAAACGAACUUGAAGAAAUAUUUGAAAAUAUAUGUUGAAGUACCUGAGAUGAAAUAAAAAGCGAAUAUUAAUUCUCUUUCAACCCCUAGACUAAAAACAUCCACAGCAAAAUUACUAUAAAGUGAUUUUCAAGCAGAGGUCUACUUUAAGACAAUUAAUUCCAAGCAGGUACUAUUAGACAGCAAAAAUCAAAUCGAUAAGAUAACAUUUUUGACGCUUAGGAAUUUGUUGAUGAUUAUCUACAAAUAUAAAUGA